GGAUGUAUGGAUUACAGUAAUCCGGAGCACACUAAACACUGCUGCUCGUGUAGUGUUCACCACACAGAUCUGAUCAUCAAGAUGGACACCAGGAUCCUCGCUGUGUUUCUGCUGCUGGUCACUCAAGCUUUCAUUGGCAUUAACACACAAGGGGAGUUAGAGAUGCCGUGGCCUUAUGAGGAAGAGGAGGAGGAGAGUGUGAAGGAGGUGACGGAGAACCAGACGCCGACGGGCUGCAACUGUGACUGUCAGGAUCGAGUCCAGCCGACCGGGACUCCAGCGACCUGGACCCCCAUCAUCAGCCCCACACCGGACACACGCACCGGCCCGUACCAGGACUGCAUGCCCGAGUGUCCCUACCACACACCGCUGGGAUUCGAGGCCGGGUCGGUGAAGGCGGAUCAGCUCACCUGCUCAAACCAGGACCAGUACAUCGGCUGGUUCUCCUCCUGGACCCCCAAUAAAGCCAGACUCAACAGUCAGGGGUUUGGCUGCGCCUGGCUGUCUAAAGCCCAGGACGCGAGUCAGUGGCUUCAGAUCGACCUGCAGGACACUCAGGUGGUGUCCGGGAUCAUGACCCAGGGCCGCUGUGAUGCGGACGAGUGGACCACCAAAUACAGCGUGCAGUACCGGACUCACCAGCACCUCAACUGGGUCUACUACAAAGACCAGACCGGCAACAACAGGGUGUUCUACGGGAACACGGACCGGUCCUCCACGGUCCAGAACCUGCUGCGCCCGCCUAUCGUGACCCGCUACCUGCGGAUCCUUCCUCUGGGGUGGCACACACGCAUCGCCAUCCGCCUGGAGCUGCUCAUGUGCAUGAACAAGUGUGUGUGAUGACGGACUCACUGCUGGCUCUCAAUACAGAGGAGCACAUUCACAGUUUAAAUACUUUAAAAUGGCUUUUUUUGAUCUCUUAUAAACCCGAAUAUUGAGCAGUGAUCAAAAUAGAGGAAAUCAUUUCCUAGAAGUAGUAAAGAUUGGAUCAUUACAUUGUUACACCAGUAGGUGGAGACAGGGGACUGUUAAACAUGUGUCUGUCAUUGAAUCAUUCACUCAAGAGAUUCGUUCAAAAUGCUGAAUCAUCCAAAAACGAGUCUUUAAGGAUGAGUCAUUGAAUCAUUCACUCAAAAGAUUCGUUCAAAAUUAUGAUUCAUCCAGCCUUGAGUCUUUAAGAAUGAGUCACUGAAUCAAUAACUCAAGAGAUUUGUUCAAAACGAUGAUUCAUCCAGCCUUGAGUCUUUAAGAAUGAGUCAUUGAAUCAUUCACUCAAGAGAUUUGUUCAAAACGCUGAAUCAUCCAGUAACGAGUCUUUAAGGAUGAGUCAUUGAAUCAUUCACUCAAGAGAUUCGAUCAAAAUGAUGAUUCAUCCAGCAUUGAGUGAGUCAUUGAAUCAUUCACUCAAGAGAUUCGUUCAAAACGCUGAAUCAUCCAGUAAUAAGUCUUUAAGGAUGAGUCAUUGAAUCAUUCACUCAAGAGAUUCGAUCAAAACAAUGAUUCAUCCGGCAUUGAGUGAGUCAUUUAAUCAUUCACUCAAGAUAUUCGUUCAUAACGCUGAAUCAUCCAGUAACGAGUCUUUAAGAAUGAGUCAUUGAAUCAUUCAACUCAAACCAGUUUAUAAAAUCAAUUCAAUCAAAUCAAUUAAACAUCUUUAAACAAACUACAGCAAUUAACAUUGAAUCAGAACCUCUGGUAUAUUACAUUAUUUAGUUUAUUCUGUUUAUCCACUCAGUUUAUCCAGAAUCGUGCAGCUUUACAUCCCAGCUAACAAUAUAUAUUCUAAGAAUGUUUUGCUAACAUAUCCAUUAAUCUCUAAAAACAUUAUUGGAGAAUGUUCUCAGAACGUUUAACUGUGAGUGAGUGAUUCCGUUUAGAAUGUUCAGAAAACUUUCAAAAGUUACAUUUAAAAAAAAAAAA